AUGGCAGCUCUUCCGGGGGCAAGCGAGAAGCCCAGGCUGGUCGCUGUCAUCGGUACGACCGGCGUGGGCAAGACGGACCUCGGCGUUGAGCUCGCGAAGGCGUUGCAGAGGCGGGAAAGAGCGCCGUUCGAGGGGGAGGUUGUCAACCACGACUCGAUGCAGUGCUAUCGAGGUCUGGACGUCAUCACGAAUAAGGCGACGGUUGAGGAGAUGCAAGGAGUCCCCCACCACUUGAUGGGCUUUCUCGAGCCGGGCGAAGAGUGGAGUGUGAACGAGUUCUUGCGGGAUGCGCUCGACAGGACGCGAGAGCUACGACAGCGCGGCGCAGUUCCCAUCGCGGUCGGCGGCACGUCCUACUACCUUCAGCACCUCGUCUUCCCCGACCGGUUGGCCGGUCCCCUUCCUCCUUCUCGCCCAGCGACCCCGCCUGCCGAGUUCUCCGCCUCUGCGGAUACAGCUGAGCGGCGUUCUCUAGCCGACGUGGCGCAGUUCCCGCCCGACCUCCGUACUUGCAUCGAAUCUCUGCCCGCCGAACUUCUCGACCUCUUUCUCGCCUUUCCGGCUCUCCCCGCCAUCUCAACACCCGACGAGUUUCCUCCCCGCUUCCCUCUUCAGCUCCUUCCGCCGCGCCUACGCUCUCCCGCAACUCUCGCACCCGCCUUGUACAGCCUGCUGCAAGCUGUCGACCCGAAGAGCGCAGAGCGAUGGCAUUGGCGGGAUAUCCGGAAGGUGCAGAGGUCGCUUGCGAUUGUGUGGGAAGGCCGAAGAUGGGACGAGGUUGUACAGGAGCAGCGGGAGACGCCGAGUGAAGGACCGAGAUUCAAGACGCUCAUCUUCUGGCUCUACGCUCGGAAGGAUUCCCUGCAUCCGCGCCUGAACGCUCGAGUCGACAAGAUGAUCGAGCGUGGCUUGCUGUCCGAAAUCGACGAGCUCUGGCAGAUCGCGCAUGCUCCUGGUGCGGAACCGACGAACUACUCGAAGGGAAUCUAUCAAGCAAUCGGCUACAAGGAGUUCGACCCUUUCCUUUCCCUCCAGCACCGCGACCCCUCUCGUACGCUCGACAACGACCCAGAGCUGCGACGGCUGUUCGACCAGGGCGUUGAGGAGAUGAAGGCAUCCACGCGGCAGUAUGCCAAGCGUCAGGUGCAGUGGAUCAAGAACAAGCUGCUGCCGGUCGUGCGCGAGUCGGGCGGCGAAGUCACGGUCGUUCUGCUAGAUGCGACAGAUCUCUCGCGAUGGAGCGAGGAUGUGAGGAUCCCUGCUAUGAAGCUACUGAAUGCGUUUCUCGACGACAAGCCUUUACCCGACCCUGCGACUCUCUCGUGUACGGCUGCAGAACAGCUUGCUCCGCCGGAACCGGUCUCUGCGUCCGCUCGCAUCAAGCGCCCAUGUCUUGUCUGCACGCGCGAUCCUGGCCAGCCUUUCCUCGUCGAAGAGCGACUCUGGGACGAGCACGUCAAGACGCGAACGCAUCGAAUGGCGCUGCGGCGGCAGAACAAGGCGCAAUGGAAAGGGCAGCGGCGGGAGCAGGAGACAAGGGAGGCAGCGGCGGUCGAAGCGGAAUCGGCAGUCAGCGAUGCUGAAUGA